AGACAUUGUUUGUUAGAGGACUGCAUAGAAAUUUGAGAGAGAAAGCAAGAUGGCUAGCCUAGAUUUGAAAGUGCAGCCCUUUUUCUUUCUUUCUUUUUUUCCCUCUCAGGCUUUAUAUUAUUAUAUUCAUCCGUUCGCUGUUGAAUAGCACCGUUCCUCAUUUCUCUCUGACCACUCUCACAUAGAAAAAGGAAUUCCAUAAUUGAGAAGAAAUGGCUGAUAGGCACCAGUACCCAUCUCUCAUGCAGAAGGUGGCCAGCCAGAUCCAUCUUAGUUCUAGCCUAUCCCAUGAUGUUCGAUAUCGAUAUGGGGGCUCUCAAAGCCCUGCCCUACACCAGAGGCAGUUUACACAUGGGAAUUACUGCAAUGCAGCAUUCCAGUACCCUAUGACUAGGGCAUGUGAAGCCUCCCCUGAUCUACCAUUGAUUGCAUCAACUGCGUCACCAGUUUUUGUUCAAGCUCCAUCGGAGAAAGGGUUUGCUAGCUUUGCUACAGAUUUUCUUAUGGGUGGAGUUUCUGCAGCUGUGUCCAAAACUGCUGCAGCUCCAAUAGAGCGUGUGAAGCUCUUGAUCCAAAACCAAGAUGAAAUGAUCAAGGCUGGUCGUCUCUCUGAACCCUACAAGGGAAUAGGAGAUUGUUUCAGCCGAACAAUCGAAGAUGAGGGAAUGAUGUCAUUGUGGAGAGGGAACACAGCCAAUGUGAUCCGUUAUUUCCCCACUCAGGCCUUGAACUUUGCAUUCAAGGAUUACUUUAAGAGGCUUUUCAACUUUAGGAAGGACCGUGAUGGCUACUGGAAGUGGUUUGUUGGUAACCUGGCAUCAGGUGGUGCUGCGGGUGCCUCUUCCCUACUCUUUGUCUAUUCUUUGGAUUAUGCUAGAACCCGUCUUGCAAAUGAUGCUAAAGCUGCCAAGAAGGGAGGGGGGAGGCAAUUUAAUGGCUUGGUUGAUGUCUACAGGAAGACCCUGCAAUCAGAUGGCGUCGCUGGGCUUUACCGUGGAUUUAACAUUUCAUGCUUUGGCAUCAUUGUAUACCGUGGUCUGUAUUUCGGAAUGUAUGAUUCUUUGAAGCCAGUUGUCCUUACUGGAAAGUUGCAGGAUAGUUUCUUUGCUAGCUUCGCCCUUGGUUGGGUUAUCACCAACGGUGCUGGUCUUGCCUCAUACCCGAUUGACACCGUCCGCAGAAGAAUGAUGAUGACAUCAGGUGAAGCUGUCAAGUACAAAAACUCACUUGAAGCAUUCUCCGUGAUCCUUAAGAACGAGGGAGCCAAGUCCCUCUUCAAGGGUGCUGGUGCAAAUAUCCUCCGAGCAGUUGCUGGUGCUGGUGUGCUAGCCGGAUAUGACAAGCUUCAGGUGAUUCUGUUGGGAAAGAAGUAUGGUUCUGGUGGGGCAUAAUUGAGACUCGAUCUCCUCACAUUACACAGCCACAAAUGGUGAUGGAAAUUUUGCAGUCAUCAACAAUUUAAUUAGGCUGAUUCUUUACUCAUUUAAAAUAAACCUAGUCUAAGGAGUUGGAAUGUUAUUUGGCUUUUCAUGCAAUUUAUAUUCCUGCGAUAGCUCACUUGUCAUUAAUUUUUAUAAUACAUACAUAUAUUAAUCCACUUAUUACUUUUCUUAUUGAA